GACCGAAGCAUUGCAGCACGGACUUUCGCAGAAUAAAUACGAAUACAUUAUAACUCUAAUAACAAACAAUGGACAACAAGAACAAUAAUCAGGUUAUUGACGGAGAAGAAUGGCCCAAUGACGUGUUUGGCUUUUUAAGAGUUAAAAGGUCAAGUGGUUUAAACCUAUGGGUGACUUUCCUGGAGGACAAGGUCGUACUAAAUGACAAAACUGAAGAACGGAGAGGCUAUCCGGAACUUGCGAAACAAAAUAAGGUAGAUGAAAAGGAAAAUGGAUUCUAUGACGAGGAUUACAACCCAUAUGUUAUGGUGUUUGCCGACGACAUUGACGAUUGGGGAUUGUGUGAUGAAAUGCCUGAAGCCUGGAGACUUUAA